AUGACCACCGCCAUCCUGGAGCGUCUGAGCACCCUGUCCGUGAGCGGGCAGCAUCUGCGACGCCUGCCCAAGAUCCUGGAGGAUGGGCUGCCCAAGAUGCCCGGCACCGUGCCCGAGACCGACGUGCCCCAGCUCUUCCGGGAGCCUUACAUCCGCGCCGGGUACCGCCCCACCGGCCACGAGUGGCGCUACUACUUCUUCAGCCUCUUUCAGAAACACAACGAGGUGGUCAACGUCUGGACCCACCUGCUGGCGGCGCUGGCCGUCCUCCUGCGGUUCUGGGCCUUCGUGGAGGCCGAGGGCCUGCCGUGGACCUCUGCCUACGCGCUGCCCCUGCUCGUCUACGUCCUGUCCUCCAUCACAUACCUCACCUUCAGCCUCCUGGCCCACCUGCUGCAGUCCAAGUCGGAGCUCUCUCACUACACCUUCUACUUCGUGGACUACGUGGGCGUGAGCGUUUAUCAGUACGGCAGCGCCCUGGUCCACUUCUUCUACACCUCCGACCAGGCCUGGUACGAGCACUUCUGGCUCCUCUUCCUGCCGGCCGCCGCCUUCUGUGGCUGGCUAUCGUGCGCCGGCUGCUGCUACGCUAAGUACCGGUACCGCAGGCCCUACCCGGUCAUGAGGAAGAUCUGCCAGGUGGUGCCCUCCGGGCUGGCCUACAUCCUGGACAUCAGCCCCGUGGUCCACCGCGUGGUUCUCUGCCACCUGUCUGGCUGCCAGGACCCAGCGGCCUGGUACCAUACCCUCCAGAUCAUCUUUUUCCUGGUCAGUGCCUACUUCUUCUCCUGCCCGGUCCCAGAGAAGUACUUCCCUGGUUCCUGUGACAUCGUGGGCCACGGGCACCAGAUCUUCCACACCUUUCUGUCUGUCUGCACGCUCUCCCAGCUGGAGGCCAUCCUCCUGGACUAUAAGGGGCGACAGGACAUCUACCUGCCACGCCACAGCCCCCUGUCCAUCUACCUGGCCUGCCUCUCCUUCUUCUUCGUGGUGGCCUGCAGUGCGGGCACUGCAGCCUUCUUGAGACAAAAAAUCAAGGCCAGACUGACCAAGAAAGAUUCCUGA